GCCGCCGGAAGCGGAAGCAGCGUCCGGCGCCUCCAGAAGACUUCUACCCACGAACGCGAUGCCGAAGGGGCCGAAGCAGCAUCCGCCGGAGCCCGAGUGGAUCGGGGACGGAGAGAGCCCGAGCCCUGCAGACAAGGUGGUGAAGAAAGGGAAGAAGGACAAGAAGACCAAAAAAACGUUCUUUGAAGAGUUGGCAGUAGAAGAUAAACAGGCUGGAGAAGAGGAGAAGGUGCUGAAGGAAAAGGAACAGCAGCAGCAGCAGCAGCAAAAGAAGAAGCGAGAUGCCCGAAAAGGCCGACGCAAGAAAGAUUCAGAUGAUGAUGGAGAGGAGAAAGAGCUCAUGGAGCGUCUUAAGAAGCUGUCUGUACCUGCCAGUGAUGAGGAGGAUGAUGAACCUGUCCCAGUACCCCGAAGUGGAAAGAAAAUUAAGGGUGGAAACGUUUUUGCAGCCCUGAUUCAGGAUCAGAGUGAGGAGGAAGAGGAGGAAAAACAGCCUUCUAAGCCUGCCAAGCCAGAGAAGAAUAGAAUCAAUAAGGCUGUAUCUGAGGAACAGCAGCCUGGGCUCAAGAGCAAAAAGGGAAAGGAAGAGAAGUCAAAAGGGAAGGCAAAGCCACAGAAUAAGUUUGCUGCUCUGGACAAUGAAGAUGAAGAAGAGGAGGAAGAGGGAGAAAUAACUAAAGAAAAGGAGCCUUCCAAGCAAGGAAAGGAUAAGGAGAAGACCAAGAAAGUAGAACAGGGUUCAGGGGAAGAGGGAGAGGAGGAAGAAGAGGGGGAGUCCAAGGCAGAUGAUCCAUAUGCUCAUCUUAGCAAAAAGGAGAAGAAAAAGCUGAAGAAACAGAUGGAUUUUGAGCGUCAAGUGGCUUCAUUAAAAGCAGCUCAUGCUGCCGAAAAUGACUUCUCUGUGUCCCAGGCAGAGGUGUCAUCCCGCCAGGCCAUGUUAGAAAAUGCGUCUGACAUCAAGCUGGAGAAGUUUAGCAUCUCAGCCCAUGGCAAGGAAUUAUUUGUCAACGCUGACCUGUACAUCGUAGCUGGUCGCCGCUAUGGGCUAGUCGGACCUAAUGGGAAGGGCAAGACCACACUCCUGAAGCACAUUGCCAAUCGUGCCCUGAGCAUUCCCCCCAACAUCGACGUGUUGCUGUGUGAGCAGGAGGUGGUGGCUGAUGAGACGCCAGCAGUGCAGGCUGUUCUUCGAGCUGACACAAAGCGAUUGAAGCUGCUGGAAGAGGAGCGCCGACUCCAGGGACAGUUAGAGCAGGGGGAUGACACAGCUGCUGAGAGGCUAGAAAAGGUCUAUGAGGAAUUACGGGCCACUGGGGCCGCGGCUGCAGAGGCCAAAGCCCGGAGGAUCCUGGCUGGCCUGGGCUUUGACCCAGAGAUGCAGAAUCGGCCCACACAGAAGUUCUCAGGGGGGUGGCGCAUGCGUGUUUCUCUGGCCAGGGCCCUGUUCAUGGAGCCCACAUUGCUGAUGCUUGAUGAGCCCACUAACCACCUGGACCUCAAUGCUGUCAUCUGGCUCAAUAACUACCUUCAGGGCUGGCGGAAGACAUUAUUGAUCGUCUCUCAUGACCAGGGCUUUUUGGAUGACGUCUGCACUGAUAUCAUUCACCUCGAUGCCCAGAGGCUCCAUUACUACAGGGGCAAUUAUAUGACCUUCAAAAAGAUGUACCAGCAGAAGCAGAAAGAACUGCUGAAGCAGUAUGAGAAGCAGGAGAAGAAGCUGAAGGAGCUGAAGGCUGGGGGCAAGUCCACCAAGCAGGCUGAAAAGCAAACAAAGGAAGCUCUGACUCGAAAGCAGCAAAAAUGCCGCCGGAAAAAUCAGGACGAGGAGUCUCAUGAGGCCCCUGAGCUCCUGAAGCGCCCCAAGGAGUACACAGUUCGCUUCACCUUCCCAGACCCGCCUCCCCUCAGCCCUCCUGUGUUAGGGCUACAUGGUGUGACGUUUGGCUACGAGGGACAGAAACCACUCUUUAAGAAUCUGGAUUUUGGCAUUGACAUGGACUCAAGAAUCUGCAUCGUGGGCCCCAAUGGUGUUGGGAAGAGCACACUGCUCCUGCUGCUGACUGGCAAGCUGUCACCGACCCAUGGGGAAAUGAGAAAGAACCACCGGCUGAAAAUUGGCUUCUUCAAUCAGCAGUAUGCAGAGCAGCUGCACAUGGAGGAGACCCCAACAGAGUAUCUGCAGCGGAGCUUCAACCUGCCCUAUCAAGAUGCCCGAAAGUGCCUGGGCCGCUUUGGCUUAGAGAGUCAUGCCCACACCAUCCAGAUCUGCAAACUCUCAGGUGGGCAAAAAGCUCGGGUUGUUUUUGCAGAGCUGGCCUGUCGGGAGCCUGAUGUCCUCAUCUUGGAUGAACCAACUAAUAACUUGGACAUAGAAUCCAUUGAUGCUCUGGGGGAGGCCAUCAACGAAUACAAGGGAGCUGUGAUUGUUGUCAGCCACGAUGCCCGACUCAUCACAGAAACCAACUGCCAGCUGUGGGUGGUGGAGGAGCAGAGUGUCAGCCAGAUUGACGGUGACUUCGAGGACUACAAGCGGGAGGUGUUAGAGGCCCUGGGUGAGGUCAUGGUCAACCGACCUCGAGAGUGAACUGACCCCUGAAAGUCUCCUAAGUGAUCUGGAAGUUUCCUGCCGUCUAUCUUCACUUGGGAGCCUGCCUGUGUCUCAGCAAACAUGCAGCCUCUUGGACCAUGCUUGAAGUGUGUGACAGGAUCCCCCUGAAGGAACUCACUGAAGGACUAUGCUCCACUUUCCUUCAACAUCCAUCGUCUGUGGAGACAGAGAUGACCUUUGCUGUGGUGGGGUUCCCUCUAGCCAAAUUGAGGUGGCCUCUAGUUUAAAGACCUGCCACUCAACAACCUGACUCUAGUCUUCCCCAAAGGCUCAAACCAGCCUACCUCUGGCUCUUGGAGGUUGCCUAUUGGUGGGUUCCUGCUGACUUACAGACAGCUGCUGAGCCUCAGACAAGUGGAGUGUCUGAGGCCUGUGCUAUCUCUAGCCCAGAUCUGGUGCCUAUGGUUGCUUGUCUGCUGGAGGACUCAAGGGUAGGAAGGGCAAUCUGAACUUGAGUCUCCUUUCACAAUGGGAAGAAAUAAAGAACAGGAGUUACUGCUGUCCUGUCCCUGUC